AUGGAGUGGAAACUUCCCCUCCCCAGGCCUGUUUCUCAUCAGUCGGGUUGGGGUCGCAGUCCCUACAGCCCAGGGGGGCUGGGAGGCUCCAGGAAGGUGUGUAAAGUGCUGGGAUGUCAGGAUCCGGGAGGCCCUGUCACCUCCACACUAGCGCGGUGUACUGCACCCCCUGCUGCAGGCCGAGUUUCUCUGUCCCUUGGCAAUAAGACAGACUCUUGUUUUCACAGCCAGUCGAUCGCCCAGUGUCAUCACCCUGCCUGCUGGCUGGGCGGGGUGACUCCUCAGGUCACCACCACCCUCUCCAGCCUGCCUCGGGCUUGGAGAGUGAGGAGAUGGGUGAGGGACGACACUGAACAUCCUCCAUCCAUCGCUCCAUCACCAGAGCAAGAGCUCAUUGAGGAGCUUCCUGAUGACUCUCCACCCGAAGCCAUCCUGGCCAACUGCCUGAUUGCUGUGGGCAACCUCAGCACCAUGACACCCGCCCUGGAGCCAGAGCUGGAGACCCACCUCCUUCGUGCUGCCCUUCAUGCCGUGUUCACCCUAAGCAUGGAGAAGGACCCCACCCAAGUCCAGGAUCUGCAUAGGGUCUUGCCAGACAUCCUGGAUGCCAUGCUGGGGAAUCUGCUGGCAGAGUCCCCAGGCACCAACAGGCUCCACUACAUCUUGGAGCACAUUAACUACUGGAUCGUGCCCAGGGUGUCGCGAGAGAGAGCCAGGGCCCUUAGGAGCAGCAUGGCCCUGCUCAGAUCCACCAUCACCCUCCCUGCGUUCGACGACAGUGGCCACUGACCCCAGGCUCCUGGCCCCAGGCGUAGGUGGGCUGGAGCAGGUCUGGGGAGUCAGGCAGCGGUAACAGGAGCUAGCGAACAGAGCUGUAGACGGCGGGUUUGAGGGGGAGUUUGUCAGUAAACUUUGUCUUGUGGGGCUUGUGUUUUGCUGUGGGCGGUGGUGUUUUGGUGGGGUUUGUGUUUCCCAGAUUAACAGGACUUAGGUGGGAAGGCGAUGACAGACACAGAGGCAGCAGUGGGAGUGACCCAUGUAGCGGAAGACACAAUGGAGAUGACUGGAUGUGGAAGCUGCCGUAUGUCCAUGAUCCUGGAGGGGGCACCUGAAUUCAACUGUCACCAGAUGGAUCCGACUGAAGAGGUUUCAGACCUGAGGAGGCUCUUACCUUCUCAACAGGGACGUCUGUUUUCUAUCAAUAAAUCUAUGAAAGGAAAGGAGAAAACUCUAUAGAGGUUCCCCCUGGUGCUCACGUACGUGACCCCUGAUCCCCUCUCAGUCCUCACGGAGAGACCUCGAGAAGGAGACUCGCUGAAAUGAAGCCACAGGGGUCGCCGAGGUUUCCCUGGCCCCUCCCCGUCCUGCCUGGCUGAUGUCAGCAUCUGUCUGUGAGGUCACCACCUCCCCACCACCUUUGACCAAUCGGCUGAGCUCCUGCAGAAGGCCUGUGUGAUGUCACUGCCACCCCCCUCCCUUGCCAUGCUCACGCUCACGAGAAGAAAGUGAUCAGGAACAGUCAGCAUGGAUUCACCAAGGGUAGA